AUGUCCAACAGCAGCUCCAUCAGCCACUUCCUCCUGCUGGCAUUGGUAGACACGUGGCAGCUGCAGCUCCUGCACUUCUGCCUCUUGCUGGGCAUCUCCCUGGCUGCCCUCCUGGGCAAUGGCCUCAUCAUAAGCGCCAUAGCCUGUGGCCACCACCUGCACACGCUCAUGUUCUUCUUCCUGCUCAACCUGGCCCUCAGCGACCUGGGCUCCAUCUGCACCACUGUCCCCAAAGCCAUGCACAAUUCCCUCUGGGACACCAGGGACAUCUCCUAUGCAGGAUGUGCUGCACAGGUGUUUUUCUUUUUGUUUUUCAUUUCAGCAGAUUUUUACCUCCUGACCAUCAUGUGCUAUGACCAUUAUGUGUCCAUCUGCAAACCCCUGCACUACGGGACCCUCCUGGGCAGCAGAGCUUGUGCCCACAUGGCAGCAGCUGCCUGGGCCAGUGCCUUUCUCACUGCUCUCAUGCACAUGACAAAUACAUUUUCCCUCCCCUUGUGCCACGGCAAUGCCCUGGGCCAGCUCUUUUGUGAAAUCCCACAGAUCCUCAAGCUCUCCUGCUCACACUCAAACUACAAGGAACUUGUGCACAUUGCAGUUAGUUCCUGUUUAGCACUUUGCUGUUUUGUGUUCAUUGUUUUGUCCUAUGUGCAGAUUUUCAGGGCUGUGCUGAGGAUCCCCUCUGAGCAGGGACAGCACAAAGCCUUUUCCACCUGCCUCCCUCACCUGGCUGUCGUUUCUCUGUUCCUCAGCACUGCUGUGUUUGCUCACCUGAAGCCCCCCUCCAUGUCCUCCCCAUCCCUGGAUCUGGCCCUGUCAGUUUUGUACUCGGUGGUGCCUCCAGCCCUGAACCCACUCAUCUACAGCCUGAGGAACCAGCAGCUCAAGGCUGCAGUGUGGAGACUGAUGACUGGAUGGUUCCAGACACAAUAA